AUGGUCCUAACAGAAAGCCAAAUGAGAAGGUCUGAUGUGUCAGAUGACUGGCAUUGUCAGCAGAGACAGUCUCCUGCUACUCGAGUCCUAUUCUGUUCAGGCAAACAGGAUGGCAUCAGAGAAAUAGCUGACUCCUUCAUCAACCAGCUUCUCCUCUUAACUGGAACAACCUGCAAUGCCCAAAGUUGUGACUUGGCAGCUGAGGCCGGAGGCAGAGGGCACCCUCCUCCUCCGCCGGCGGGAAGACCUCAACGGGCAGCUCGCCCUACGGGGUGCGGCGGCAGGGGAGGCCCCGUCCGCCUCACCGUGAGGAUUUACAAAGAAAAAAAAAAAAACCAAAAAAACCUCAACUUCACCCCAAAACUCGAGGUAACGGGACGGCUUUUUCACGCCGCGGCCUCCCCGGCCCGGCCUGGCCUCGGGGGGCUGAGGCGAGCGUCGGGCGGCGGCGCCCCCUGGUGGCGCUCGGCGGGAGCCGCCGCGCUCCCAGGCGGCCGAGGCCGUUUAGGCGCCGGGCCGUGUCCGGCCGCCCCGCACCCUUCGCCGGCGGCCCCCGCUCUUCUCACGAAGGCGCCUUCGCGUGUGUUGUCGGCGGCAGCGGGGGAGGUGGGCCUCCGGGACAGGUGCCUCCGGGCUCGUUACGACCAACGUGAACGGGAAGGGCGACCGCGGCGGCGGCGGCCGGGCCCUGGCUGCGACCCCCGGGUGGAGGGAGCAGGCCGCGGCCCGCGGAAACGUGGGACCGAGUCCCUCCAGCUUGGUGGACCUGUGAUUGUAAAUGACUUAAGGAGAAUAACACAUGUUGACGAGUGCGCAGAAGCUACGGAUGACUGUCACAUCGAUGCAAUUUGCCAAAACACGCCAAAAUCCUACAAAUGCAUCUGCAAGCCAGGCUAUAAAGGCGAAGGGAAACAAUGUGAAGAUAUUGACGAGUGUGAAAAUGACUUCUACAAUGGGGGUUGUGUCCAUGAGUGUAUCAACAUUCCCGGCAACUACAGGUGUACGUGCUAUGAUGGCUUCAUGUUAGCCCAUGAUGGCCACAACUGUCUCGAUGUUGAUGAGUGUCAGGAUAACAAUGGAGGGUGCCAGCAGAUUUGUGUAAAUACUAUGGGAAGCUAUGAAUGUCAGUGCAAAGAGGGCUUUUUUCUGAGUGAUAACCAGCAUACCUGCAUUCAUCGCUCCAUUGAGGGUAUGAACUGUAUGAACAAAGAUCAUGGGUGUGCACACAUCUGCCGGGAGACGCCCAAAGGUGGGGUUGCCUGUGAAUGUAGGCCUGGCUUUGAGCUUGCCAAAAACCAGAAGGACUGCAAAUUAACCUGUAACUAUGGGAAUGGAGGCUGCCAACACACCUGUGAUGACACAGAUACUGGUCCUGUGUGUGGUUGUCAUCAGAAGUAUGCUCUACAUUCAGAUGGCCGAACCUGCAUUGAGAAGGAUGAGGCUGCAAUUGAGAGUUCUGAGUACAAUGCCACGUCAGUAGCUGAUGUGGACAAGCGGGUGAAACGGCGGCUACUUAUGGAAACAUGUGCUGUCAAUAAUGGAGGCUGUGAUCGGACUUGCAAGGAUACCGCGACAGGGGUACGAUGCAGUUGCCCAGUUGGAUUUACCCUGCAGCCUGAUGGGAAAACGUGCAAAGACAUUGAUGAGUGCUUGGUAAACAAUGGUGGCUGUGACCAUUUCUGCCGAAACACGGUUGGCAGCUUUGAGUGCAGCUGCCAGAAGGGCUAUAAACUGCUCACAGAUGAACGGACCUGCCAAGAUAUAGAUGAGUGUUCUUUCGAGAGGACCUGUGAUCACACCUGCAUCAACUACCCUGGAAGCUUUGAAUGUCUCUGCCACAAAGGCUACACCUUGUAUGGACUGACACACUGCGGAGAUAUUGAUGAAUGCAGCAUCAGCAAUGGUAGCUGCGACUAUGGGUGUCUUAAUACAAUGGGGAGCUAUGAGUGUGUUUGUCCACCUGGAAAGAAACUGCACUGGAAUAAAAAGGACUGCGUUGAGAUGGUGAAAUGUCUCCCGAAUUCCAAACCUUCUCCCAAGGCUCAGCUGGUGUGUAGCAAGACAGGAGGCAUAGAGAGCUGCUUCCUGUCAUGCCCAUCCAACACCCUUUUUGUUCCAGAUUCGGAGAACAGCUACACGCUGAGCUGUGGUGUCCCCGUCCAGCAAGGCAAGGCCCAGCAGAAACGCAAUGCCACCUUGCCCAGCUGUGCAGAUUCGUUAGCCCCUCCAAUCAAGCAGAAAGCUCGUUUUAAAAUUAAAGAUGCAAAGUGCCAUUUACGGCCUCGCAGCAAAGAAAAAACAAAAGAUUCUGGGAAGCAAGCUGUUUUAGGAGGUCAAUUCCCUUGUACAGACAACUGCCAGGUGACCUUUGUGAAUCUCAAGUGCGAUUCCUCCAAGAAAAAACGCCGAGGCCGCAAGUCACCAUCGAAAGAAGUGUCCCAUAUCACCGCAGAGUUUGAGGUGGAGAUGAAGUCAGAAGAAGUCUCAGACACCUGUAACAUGGACUGUGUUCGGAAAAGGAUGGAGCAGAAGCUGCAAACUGCAAUCAAAACAUUGAGGAAAUCUAUUAAUAAACAGCAAUUUUACAUUCAGUUUUCUGGGACAGAAUAUGAAGUGGCUCAGAAGCCAGCUAAAGCUACUGAAGGGCAUGAAGCUUGCAGUACGGGGCAAGUGCUGCAGGAUGGAAAAUGCGUUACCUGCAGCACGGGCACCUUUUAUAGCGGAGAACAUAAUCAGUGCGUUCCUUGCUCGCCAGGAACAUAUCAAGACACAGAAGGUCAACUUACCUGUGAGCCUUGCCCAAGUAACGAUGGACAGGGAGUCGCGGGCGCCCGGAAUGUGUCAGAAUGUGGAGGCCAGUGUUCUCCUGGGCACUAUUCUUCAGAUGGUUUUAAACCGUGUAGAGUCUGUCCUCUCGGUACGUACCAGCCCGAACCAGGAAGGACCCUCUGCUUUCCCUGCGGCGGUGGCCUUGUCACCAAGUACGAAGGUGCUGUUUCCUUUCAAGACUGCGAAACCAAAGUUCAUUGUUCUCCUGGACACUACUACAACUCCACAACACACAGAUGUAUCCGAUGCCCUGUGGGAACAUACCAGCCUGAAUUUGGUCAAAACUACUGCAUCACCUGCCCUGGGAACACAAGUACGGAUUUUGAUGGCUCCACUAAUGUUACACACUGCAAAAAUCAGCACUGUGGAGGAGAACUUGGGGAUUAUACUGGUUACAUUGAAUCGCCCAACUAUCCUGGAGACUACCCAGCUAACGUUGAAUGCAUUUGGAAUAUAAAUCCACCCCCAAAGAGGAGAAUACUCAUCGUAGUACCUGAGAUAUUUCUCCCAAUUGAAGAUGAAUGUGGUGAUGUUUUAGUAAUGAGAAAAAGUGCUUCUCCUACUUCAAUUACUACAUAUGAAACAUGUCAGACUUACGAGAGACCUAUUGCAUUUACCUCAAGAUCGAGGAAGCUGUGGAUUCAGUUCAAGUCAAAUGAAGGAAACAGUGGCAAAGGAUUUCAGGUCCCCUAUGUGACUUACGAUGAGGAUUACCAACAGCUAAUAGAAGACAUUGUUCGAGAUGGACGAUUAUAUGCGUCAGAAAAUCAUCAAGAGAUUCUAAAGGACAAGAAACUGAUUAAAGCUCUCUUUGAUGUACUGGCACACCCACAAAACUAUUUCAAGUACACAGCACAAGAAUCAAAGGAGAUGUUUCCCAGAUCAUUUAUAAAGCUACUGCGAUCAAAAGUUUCCAGAUUUCUACGACCAUACAAAUAGUUUACUGGUACUCAAUUUUUGGUUACUUUGCAUUCCUGUCAAAUAUUGUCUUUUCUCCAUAGUAGAAACAUUUGCUAAUUUGAAGGCUCUUUUUGCAGUCUUUGUUUUCAAUUGUAUAUUGAAGAAUACCUAUAAUGUUUUAUAAUCUUUAAAAGCCAAUGUUCUCAAUGGGAUUUUUACUACAAAAAAAAAAAAACUGCAUCCUUGAGUGCAUCUAGUUGAAGAUCCAGAUUUGUGUCUGCACUAGUGUAUCUUCACUUCCCAUUUGAAAUUACAUAACGUAGAAAAUAUUCUUUCUAGCUUUUUAUUUUUCAUCAACAGUAACUUUUGUCAAAGCAAAGAAGGAAUCUAUUCCAAUCUGAUUAAACUACCUGCGGAUAAGUUCUGUUGUAGAAAGAAGUAUGUAGUAUAAAUAAUAUUUGGAUUUUGAAUUGCACUUGAAGUUUAUAUUUGAAUCUUUAGAAGAAAACAAAACAAUCUAAAUUUUGCUAUUUCUCAUUUGUGGUUUAGUGGAACCUCUGUCCAAGUAGAAAUCAAAAGGGAAAAAAAAAAAAGAAGAAAGGAAAUAAAAAGAAGCAGAUGUAUAAUUUCGGUUUAUGAAUUACAUAAGAUUGAAUCCCAUGCCCUAAUGUCCUUACGUUUUUAUCUGUCCUCUUCUAAACUUCUUCAGAGGUUUGCCACUGUCAGUUACUUCAUUGAAACAGAUUUAGCUCUGGAUUUCUAUUGGUCCCUUUGAAGGCAUUUACCAUAGGAUAGGUGAGAAAUGAACAACAACAGUAGUAGUCUGUUUUUUCUUUCCGUUAAUAGAGCAUCUAAUUAAGUACAAUAUAUAAAUAUAUAAAUAUAUACUUCUAUUUGUGGGUACAUUAGUAAUGUUAUCUUUAGUUACUGUAAAUAUUAUUCAUGCUUAAAUCUUUACUCCCACACACCCUAUUUACUCAUAUCUAUUUGUAACUUUGCUUAGAUGAUUAAAUGACUUCUCCAAGUGCUUGUCACUUCCAUUAACGCCAAACUGAAGCCUUUUGAAGUUUUAUAAUACAGGAUCAUGGUUUACUCUGGGACAAUCUCUCUCGACAUACAUUAUUACAGGAAAAAUUACGUAAGUUAAGAUGCAACUGCUGUCCAGUAAAGGGUCAGCUGUUGCCUCUUUGCACCCCCCUCACACGCAGACCAACAUAGUUACCCCAGGAGGAUGACACACGUGAGAGAAGCUCACUAAAGAGGAAUUUUUGUUGGAUCUGCCAUCUCUAAACUGCUGGGAACAUACCUGUGUCACAGGCCCAGCCUCUAAGGGAGGUGGGGGGGUGGACAGGACAGUUUGGCAGCCCAGCCAGCUGAGUUGGAGGGCAGGCUCUGCAGUCUUCAGAGACCCAGUGCUCCCUUUUAUCAUGAAUUUGCAAUUCACGGUGCCCAUCAACCACGGGGACUGUAUGAGCUGCAAGAGAGCCUUAGCCUCAUGGUCAGGCCUUCUUCACAGAACGACGGGUGCUGGUGGGUUAAGAUGAUGAUAAAUCCUGUGUUUCCUGCUGUUUCGUGGCACAGGAGCUAAUUUCAAGGAGAAAUAUAUUUUUAUUAAUAUUUCAGUCUCUUUACUUUUAAGUCCCUUCCAGUUGUGUAUCAUUCUCCCUUCUGAUCCUACAAGUCUAUCAUAUGGAGAAAUUAACUCUCACACCAACAUCCUUUCAGAAAAAGACUAACAGACAGUUUUGCUUCACUGCAUCUUUUUUGCAUAUCUACCCUGUAGUUUACCAUACCCUACAUACCAUACCAUACAUACAUUAAAGGUGGUUAUGGUUAACUUCUUAAAAUUUUUUGUCUUUGACCAAGUACUGUUUAAAUUCGCAAAGUUGUUGUACAAGUGGUUGAAUACCCCAUUUCUACAAGACAACUUAAGUGUUUUCUUGAGUUUUUCUACUUAGCCAUCUUGUAAUUUUGCUUGCCUUCUUUUCUUUCCUGUUGAAGAGUAUAAUUUUUUUUCUUUCUAUUGCUGAACCCUUUCAACUUAGGGUCUAACAGCUCAAUUUUUUCACUCGUGGAUCUUACGUCUUUGACAAGCUUUCUCUUUAAUACAUUUUGAAGUGAGGGUUAAUAUAUAAAUAUAUAUAACAUCUGCAUAAAAGUCCUUUUUAAAGGCUGUUAAACCUCACUUUUUGUGAGGAUAUUAAAACUACUUUUAUUAAAUAUUCAUUAUGGGUUACUAAAGUGGACAUUUGAAGGAGAACAUAGCAUCAGUCCUAGAUUCAGUGCGUGCCUGGAACAAAAAAAAAGUUACGUGUAUUUUUUCCUUAACAGAAGUUAUUUGUAGAAAAAAAUUAAACCUUAAAAAAGCAAAAAUCAUUUUAGGUACUCAGUCAUGAAUAAGUGUAGAACUAAAAAACUACUUCAGCCAACAAUAUUGCAAAGUAUAAUAGCUUAUCAAGAAUGAUUAGAAUGGGUCAGGAUUGCAGCCAUCCUCCUAAAAGAUACGAAGGAUAAGAUAUGAAAGAUGUAGAGAUAAAUAACUUCCUUGUUUGCUGAACAAUUUACAGUGGCCGUUAGUAUUUCAGAUUUCAGUAAGUGAACUUUGGAACCUGAUGCUGUGCAGUGAGUUUAGGAAAAUCCUUGCUAAAAUUUUUGCUUAACGACACCCGUGUUUGGAUGUAAUAGGGCUGAAAUCAUUGCCUUCCAAAUCCAGAAGCUCCUGGCAGCACCGUAACAUUUUGCAGGUUCUUAGCUACAUGGGGAAUCCAGCGCCAGAUAGCGACUACGAGAGGGACGUGUCCCAGUUGUGGCCACUGUCACUGGGACCUGGGCCACUGUCAAUAGCUGUGAGAUGUGAAUACAGGAGGGACUGGCUGCAUUUAGGUGUGGUGCAACUCGCUGUGACUUACAACAUUAGGCAAAAUCUGGGAUUUGUCUAGUUCAUCCUGACAGACAACCUGAGACAGGUUGCUCAGAGAUUUCUGUAGCAAGUGCACACUUCAUGUUGCCGAAAGCAGUGAAAGAAAGAGAAUAAUUGGGCCUUCAAAGGUAUAGAGUGAAAUGCUUCUGAAUAUGGAGGGGUUUCAUAUGUGAUAUAUUAGAAAAUGAGUCAGAUUUUAGUGUUUGCAGCUCUCCAUGGAAAUGCCCUUGGAGGUACAAAUUUCUAAUGAAAUAAGUAAUGACAAGUGGCAUAUAGGACUGUCUGAACCAAUUUCGGCUGAUUUGUAUAGCCCAGAAUUUUUACAUCAGCUCCAAAAGUUAAAAAUGCUUUGACUUUCAUACUAGGUUCACAGUUACAGAAACUAGCAGUCAUCCAAUAGAAGGUGAGCCCAGCUCUUCAUUUGUUAAGGUAGACGUAGGAUGUCUUCAUUGUCAGAAGUCAGAGAACCUAUUGCUACUAUACAAUAACGACACAAGGAAUGUCUUCUUCUAUGGAGAAGAUGUAGACACACGUGGGACUCAAAAACUAUACAAGGAGAAAUAUGGACACCUUUAAUAAAAACAGGUUCAUGAAAUGAAUCAAUACAUUGCAGAAUAUAAAAAUUUGGCUUUUACUCUAAACAUGAAAUAUUACAUAUAAACAUAUUCAAUAAAUACAGGCCUGUAUCUGUUCUUACAGAGUUACAUCUUGCAUGCAGGAUAGGGGCAACAACGUGUUUGUGUUAUUACAGGAUGGCUGAAGAAGCAUCCAUUAAUGAUUGCCCAAUUCCACAUCACAAACCGAGCUUUUCAUUUUCAAUUUGGAGAUGCCUGUGUGCUGAAAAGCUGCACUUGUAGCACUUACCAUUUUAAGCCUCUCCUCCUGCUUUAAAUUCUGCACUUAUUUGUAAUGGGGUGUUGGUGAAUCAUCCCUAACCAUUCUCAUGUGCCACCAAAUUGCCAGCUGCAUACCUGCUGCAGUCUGGGAGAUUGCAGCAAUCAGAAGCUGCUAAUCAAGCUCUAAGUCAUGCUGUGAAAGUGCUUGUUAGUGAUUGCUGUGGGCAAGGUGCCUGUGUGUGUGUGUCAUUUGAGUACACGAAGCACCAGGUUUCGGUAUUCGAUAGAUUGCCACUUGCAUCUUUCCUGCAAUAGCAAGGUUUAUUCUACCUUGAAGAUUUAGCUCACUGAAACUGGAUUUAAAGCCACUGAAUUCUUCUUUCAGCCUGUUUUCUUGCCUUCUUGUCCUGCCUUCCUUCCUCCAUCAAUACAUUAGAUUUUUAGCUAAAGACCAUUCUCUUUUCAAAAGAAACUGAUUUCCUUAUUGUGCAUCCCCCAUAGAACAAAGUUAAAUCACAGUGUGUUAUAACUACUGACGAUUUAGACUGACCUUUCCUACACAUCAGCUUCAUACUAGGAUAAGCUUACUUAAAACUAGGUUACCUGGUAAGCUAGAUUUUGUUUUGUUUAAGUUUAGUUUUAGACUAGCUUAAAUAAACACAGGCUCGGCUGCAGGGUUUUCAGAGAGUCCACAUUUUGAGUUGUCAGCUGGUUUUGAGGGAGCACAGCUCGCCUACGGGCCUCUGUCUGUAAGCAGAAGGCAAGGAUGAUGCCACACGAACAAGAAACGUGCUUACAUGCAGUCAACAUUCAAAGAGGAAAGGCCAGCCCCACCCCAUGCCCCUUUGUAAGCCUGCCCAACAGAUUGAUCUGGUCAAUCUUAUCUAUGAACAACCCAGUUACAAUCCUGCAGAUAACAAGUUACGAACUUGAGGAGCAAAAGCAGUGGGAUGAUUCUUAUACAGGAGCUGCUGGAGGGUCUUUGCCAGCAAAACUUAACCCCUCUGAGACAGUUCCCAUGUCCAGUCUCCAAUUAGAAUCAUAGAAUUGUCCAGGUUGGAAGGGACCUUUAAGAUCAUCUAGUCCAACCAUCAACCUAACUCUGAGUUACCUUUGAGUGCUCUUAAAAAAGAAGCUGGAGGGAAAUCUUCAACAACAGAAUCCGGUAGCAAAUUUCUCAGCCACCUCAGAGGUCUGGAUUUUCCCUUUUCUAGUUGUGGGAAUGAGCAAUACACACAGUUACUUGUACCUGUGUCAUGAGUUCAAGUAGGAGCAUUUUUUUUCAUAGUUUAAAACCACUGAUUGAUAGGAAUAGUAGUAGCUGGAGAAGUUCUACAGGCUCUCAACACUUUGAGACUUUAAUGAAAUAGUUUUCUAGGAUGAGAGACUGUUGUAAGCACUUGGGGGCAAAAAAAAAAAAAAAGAUACUUUUGUCUCCCAUAAGAAUUUAUGGAAGAAGCAAAAUUUCUGUAAGGUAAUAUAAACCUAUUCCUCAGUAUGAGACUUGGAUUCAGACAGAAGUCUCAUGUUUUAUCAUAAUGUUUUUCAUCUGAUUAGAAACAGACUGAGAAAUAAACAGUCAACAAAACUGUUAUCUAAGUAUCUGAAUAUAUACAAUUCCAGGUUUUUUUAUUUCAUUUAUUUAUUCUGUUUCAUCACUAAGCUUUUAAUCUAUAAAAUUAAUAUGUAAUAUACAAGAGUAAAAUGUACAGAAGUACCUUUAGAUGUAAUAAUUUAAACCAUCUGUAUUCAGAAAGCGAAGAUAACAAGUUUAAAGAUAUACAAACAAUUGCAAUUCAAUCUUAGCUGAAUUUCUCAAUAUCUAGAAAAAGAAGUGGCUUUGCUUAAUUAAACGUUAUUUUAAUGAUUGUGAAAAUAUCUUUUUUUAGAGUUUGUUCUUGUUACUUUUUUAAUUAAAAUUAUUUUGUAAAUAUUGUUUUCUAUGUUUUAUACCUUAGAAAGGCCGUUAAUUUGCAUUGACAGCAGCAGAUACUCAUCACAAUGAUUAGAAAAGUACUGUGGGAGACCAGGGUGGAUGCGGUCAGUAGUCAGAUUCAUCCGUCCAGGUUACUGCUCCUGUUCUUUCUGCAGUCUCACUGGUGGCACUGGGAGACUGCUCUGGAGCAAUUUAACCUGCUUGAUAGUCAAUGCAUAGAAUUGACUAUCAAGUGUCAUUCUGAAGUGCUUACCAUCUUCAUAACGUCUAAAGGAUAUCUAUUUUAAAGUUAGUUCUUCUUCUGUUGUUAGGAUAAGAAACAACACAAAAAUCACAAAUUAAAGGGAAUUCAAAAGAUUAUGCCCAAAUACAGUACAAGACAAGGAAAGGAAUGGUAUCUCUGUGCGCGUAGGUAGCAGUGGAAGUGAUAAAACCUCGUAUUGGAUGGGAUCAUAGAGCCUUUUUUUAGGCAAAACUGCCUCUGAGGUCAGUAGUAGUUUCACCUGCAUAAAGUUCAGUGCAUCGUGUCCAUCAUCUGUUAAGCAGGAAUUUCUAGUAGAGUAGAUUUCAGGGGGAAAUACCUGUCUGUGUAAUAUUGGUUUCUGUACCAAUUUGCUCCGUGUAAAAUCACUGGGCACGAGUGACCUUUUGAACUAAACCCUUGUAGAUGCUGCUGGGAAUUCUAAGCUUUAUUAUGAAUGUAAAUUAUGUACAAACAGCUAUUUCCAUAUGAAAUGUACCAUGAUAGUUUAGAACAAAGAUAGUGAAUAACUGUACAAAAUUUGAUACUUAGAAAAUAAAACACAGUGGUCUAAGCUUUACCAAUAUUUUAACAAUACUGUCAGAUUUGUAGUAGAAAAUGUUGUUGUAAAUGUACCUUAUAAGAAAAUACAUUUCCUUUUGCCUCUGUAUAUUAAUAGCUUUGAUUUCUAUGUCAAAGCUCAAAAUGAAGCAUGUAAUAAAACUUUUGUUAAAGUCACUUUCAUAAUAAACGUAAAAUGGAAUGGA